AUGUCUCAAGAAUAUCAACAGCAUCCUUUCCCACCAACUUUCCAAAGUGAACGUUCGUGGAGCAUGCUCGCCAAUGACUUUGAUGAUGAUAAGCUACAGCAUUAUUAUCCUUCUCAAGCUUCCGAUAGGUCAUGGAGUGUGCUUGGUUCGCAAGAUAUUAGCGAUCGACAUCACGGUUUAAGUACUUACGGUUAUGUUUCUGAUGAUGUAAAUUUACCAAAUUCAACGGGAACAUAUGAAAGAAACAAUGAAAAUGGUAUUGCUGGUCGUCCAAACGAAUACGUCGAUGAUGAUUGUUCGGAUUGUCCUCCUCCACCAUCAGAUAUAGAUCAAUCGGCUCUUAAUAGUCAGAGUACUAUUUCUCAAUCCAAAACAGAAAGUAAAAAUUCUUGGGGAAUUGGCUAUCUUUCAAUCAUAGUCUUAGUAAUUGCUGUCAUCCUCUAUUAUAUCGGAGUCAACAUCGCUUAUUUGGAAAUAGAAGAUAUUCUUCAUUAA